AUGCAGCGUUCCUCCUUUAUUCCCAAUCGAACAUGGUUGCGUCAGUUUGCGUCUCACAGAUUUGCUGAAUUUUGCGAGCGCUGGGGAAUCCGUCAUAUCAAGUCGUCCCCUCACUACCCACAGUCGAACGGACAUGCGGAAGCAGCCGUAAAGGCAAUGAAGUACCUGGUGGAAAAGACUACCAAUGACGGUAAUCUAGACACCGAUGACACCGAUGCUUUCCAGCGUGGCCUUCUCGAGUGGCGCAAUACUCCUGGCACUUCGGGAAAGAGUCCUGCCCAGUUACUGUAUGGUCACCCACUCGUCUCCUUCGUUCUCGCCCAAUGGAGCCAGUUCGACUCCCACUGGCAAGACACCGCAUCUGACAUGGAUGAUGUUGAUCGAGUAGACCAGCCUCCCAGUCAGCCUCACCGAGAGCUUCCCCACUUGUCUAUCGGGACGCACGUUGACAUUCAGCACCCGAAGACAAAACGGUGGUCUUCCCGCGGCGUAGUCGUGGCUAUCGGUGACCACCGCGACUACUACGUCAAGCUACCGAGUGGACGCGUAUAUUGGCGCAACCGUCGCUACCUCCGCCCGUACCGCCCUCCUACUCCAGCUUCAACAGCCAUGCCUGCAUCGUCUCCCGUACCCGACGCUGCACCACAAGCAGUCCCUGUGACUCAGUCGUCGUCACAGUCAACUGUUCAGGUACCACCUCGAACAAGCCAACGUCCCCGGCGACAGAAUGUCCCAUUUAACAUUAUUUCAACGCGUGGACAAUCGUACAAUUAA